AAAUUGAGUGUCAUGCUCAAGAUGCGAUUUUUGUAUUUAGCGGCUAGCUAGCUCUAAACAAAUGCUUCUGCACAAAAGAUAUUUACCUGUAAAAUAAACACUCAGUAUUCUACGCCUCUACCUAUCAAAUAAACUUACAUUUUCAUCGCAAAAAAAUAUAAAUGUCAACCGUGUGCAAAAACAAUGCUUAUAAAGCAUGUCAUUAGUUUACAUGUAUUAAUUUAAUGUGUCAAGGUAAUUCUUCACUUCAAUACCUGUACAGUUAUAAUUUGAAUACCUGCGAUUUUUGUUGGAUGGACUCAUGAAUACAGUUUUUACGAUAAAUUUAAACAUAUAUGUUGAUGAUGUGAUUAUUCUUUUGUGAUACAACACACCAUUAACGGGAUAAUUACCGUAUCAAGGUGUUGACGAAAAAAAGUUAAAAGAUGUACAACACAAGAGUCUGUUUGUCCUUAAUUGGGUUACUGAUUCAGUUUUUGAUCGUGAAUGUUGGAAGUUUGUCAUGGCCGGAUUUCGAGAGCGGAUGGUUACCAAUUAAAAACGGACUUGAACAUGUUGCCCGACUCAAUAUUGACCAUGGUCUCGGCGAAAUACCAGUUCUUGUAGACGUCUCUGUGAAAAUAAAAGAACGUAUAUUCCCAGCGUCAGGUUUCCGGCCUGACCACCCAAAGGAGCGUUCCGGACCAGUGGUAUAUAUUUAUGAUGGCAUGUAUGUAAAUGUGUCGACAACUCCAGUUGAAGAUCCACUAUAUAGACUUAUUCCGAGAAGUAAGUGA